CAUGGCCGCGUCCGAGCUCUACACCAAGUUUGCCAGGGUUUGGAUACCUGAUCCUGAGGAAGUAUGGAAGUCAGCAGAGUUGCUGAAAGAUUAUAAGCCUGGAGAUAAAGUGCUUCUGCUUCACCUUGAGGAAGGGCAGGAUUUGGAAUACCGUCUAGAUCCAAAGACCAAGGAGCUGCCUCACUUGCGGAACCCUGACAUACUUGUGGGUGAAAAUGAUCUCACAGCCCUCAGCUAUCUUCAUGAGCCUGCUGUGCUCCAUAAUCUCCGAGUUCGCUUCAUCGAUUCCAAACUCAUUUAUACAUACUGUGGAAUAGUCCUAGUAGCUAUAAAUCCCUAUGAACAGCUGCCUAUUUAUGGAGAAGACAUUAUUAAUGCAUACAGUGGCCAGAACAUGGGUGACAUGGAUCCUCACAUCUUUGCAGUAGCUGAAGAGGCUUAUAAGCAAAUGGCAAGGGAUGAACGAAAUCAGUCCAUCAUUGUAAGUGGAGAGUCGGGCGCAGGAAAGACAGUCUCAGCUAAGUAUGCCAUGCGAUACUUCGCAACUGUAAGUGGUUCUGCCAGUGAGGCCAAUGUUGAGGAAAAGGUCUUGGCCUCCAACCCCAUCAUGGAGUCAAUUGGAAAUGCUAAAACAACCAGGAAUGAUAAUAGCAGCCGGUUUGGGAAAUAUAUUGAAAUUGGUUUUGAUAAGAGAUAUCGAAUCAUUGGUGCCAAUAUGAGAACUUACCUUUUAGAGAAAUCCAGAGUGGUAUUCCAGGCAGAAGAGGAGAGAAACUACCAUAUCUUCUACCAGCUCUGUGCUUCAGCAAAGCUACCUGAGUUUAAAAUGCUGCGAUUAGGAAACGCAGAUAGUUUUCAUUACACAAAGCAAGGAGGCAGCCCUAUGAUCGAAGGAGUGGAUGAUGCGAAGGAGAUGUCGCACACCAGGCAGGCCUGCACUCUGCUGGGAAUUAGUGAAUCUUACCAAAUGGGGAUUUUUAGAAUACUUGCUGGCAUCCUUCACUUAGGCAAUGUUGGAUUUGCAUCUCGAGAUUCAGACAGCUGCACAAUACCUCCCAAGCACGAGCCACUUAUCAUCUUCUGUGACCUCAUGGGUGUGGAUUAUGAAGAGAUGUGUCACUGGCUCUGCCACCGAAAGCUGGCUACUGCCACAGAGACAUACAUCAAGCCCAUUUCUAAGCUGCAGGCCACAAAUGCCCGAGAUGCUCUAGCAAAGCACAUCUAUGCCAAACUCUUUAACUGGAUUGUAGACCAUGUCAAUCAGGCUCUCCAUUCUGCUGUCAAGCAGCAUUCUUUCAUUGGCGUGCUGGAUAUUUAUGGAUUUGAAACAUUUGAGAUAAAUAGUUUUGAACAGUUCUGCAUAAAUUAUGCAAAUGAAAAACUACAGCAACAAUUCAACAUGCAUGUCUUCAAACUGGAACAGGAGGAAUAUAUGAAGGAACAAAUUCCAUGGACACUCAUAGAUUUCUAUGAUAAUCAGCCGUGUAUCAAUCUUAUAGAAUCUAAAAUGGGCAUUCUAGAUUUGCUGGAUGAGGAGUGUAAGAUGCCUAAAGGCACAGAUGAUACCUGGGCUCAAAAGCUGUACAACACACAUUUAAACAAAUGUGCCCUCUUUGAGAAGCCCCGUAUGUCAAACAAAGCCUUCAUCAUCAAACAUUUUGCUGACAAAGUGGAGUACCAGUGUGAAGGCUUUCUUGAAAAGAAUAAAGACACCGUUUUUGAAGAACAAAUUAAAGUCCUUAAGUCAAGCAAGUUUAAGAUGCUACCAGAACUCUUUCAAGAUGACGAGAAGGCCAUCAGUCCCACCUCCGCCACCUCUUCAGGGCGCACGCCUCUCACCCGAGUUCCUGUAAAGCCCGCCAAGGGCCGACCUGGCCAGAUGGCCAAAGAGCACAAGAAAACAGUGGGACACCAGUUUCGGAACUCUCUUCACCUGCUUAUGGAAACCCUUAAUGCCACGACUCCUCACUACGUACGCUGCAUUAAGCCUAAUGAUUUCAAGUUUCCAUUCACAUUUGAUGAGAAAAGGGCAGUGCAGCAACUAAGAGCAUGUGGUGUCCUGGAGACCAUCCGAAUCAGUGCAGCGGGUUUUCCCUCACGGUGGACUUAUCAAGAGUUUUUCAGCCGGUAUCGGGUCCUAAUGAAGCAAAAGGAUGUGCUGGGAGAUAGAAAGCAAACGUGCAAGAAUGUAUUAGAGAAACUGAUAUUGGACAAGGACAAAUACCAGUUUGGUAAGACGAAGAUCUUUUUCCGUGCCGGUCAAGUGGCCUAUCUAGAAAAAUUGAGGGCUGACAAACUGAGGGCUGCCUGCAUCCGGAUCCAGAAGACCAUCCGUGGGUGGCUGCUAAGGAAGAAAUACCUGUGCAUGCAGAGGGCGGCCAUCACGGUGCAGCGAUACGUGCGGGGCUAUCAGGCUCGAUGCUAUGCCAAGUUUCUGCGCAGGACCAAGGCAGCAACCACCAUUCAAAAGUACUGGCGCAUGUAUGUGGUCCGCAGGAGGUACAAGGUUCGACGAGCUGCCACUAUUGUUCUUCAGUCUUGUUUGAGAGGCUAUUUGGCAAGAAAUAGAUAUCGCAAGAUACUCCGUGAGCACAAAGCAGUCAUCAUCCAGAAACGUGUCCGUGGCUGGCUGGCUCGUACACAUUAUAAGAAGACCAUGCAAGCCAUCAUCUACCUUCAGUGCUGCUUCCGGCGAAUGAUGGCCAAGCGUGAGCUGAAGAAACUGAAAAUUGAGGCUCGCUCUGUGGAACGCUACAAGAAGCUCCACAUUGGCAUGGAAAACAAGAUUAUGCAGCUGCAGCGCAAAGUGGACGAGCAGAAUAAAGACUACAAAUGCCUCAUGGAGAAACUGACCAAUCUGGAAGGACUAUACAACUCUGAGACUGAAAAACUACGAAACGAUGUAGAACGUCUUCAUCUAAGUGAGGAGGAAGCUAAGGUUGCCACUGGGCGGGUCCUUAGUCUACAGGAAGAAAUUGCCAAACUCCGCAAAGACCUGGAACAAACACGAUCAGAGAAAAAAUGCAUUGAAGAACGAGCAGAUAAAUACAAACAAGAAACUGAGCAGCUGGUGUCAAAUUUGAAGGAAGAAAAUACUUUGCUGAAACAGGAAAAGGAGACCCUCAAUCACCUCAUCGUGGAGCAGGCUAAGGAGAUGACAGAAACUAUGGAGAAGAAAUUAGUAGAAGAGACAAAACAGCUGGAGAUUGACCUGAAUGAUGAAAGGCUGAGGUAUCAGAACCUUCUGAACGAGUUCAGUCGUCUGGAGGAGCGCUAUGAUGACCUCAAGGAGGAGAUGACCCUGAUGCUGAAUGUGCCUAAGCCAGGACACAAGAGAACAGACUCUACCCACAGCAGCAAUGAGUCUGAAUACACCUUCAGCUCUGAAUUUGCAGAAACUGAAGACAUUGCACCAAGGACAGAGGAGCCAAGUGAGAAGAAGGUGCCCCUGGACAUGUCAUUGUUCCUUAAGCUCCAGAAGCGCGUCACGGAGCUGGAACAGGAGAAGCAGAUACUGCAGGAUGAGCUGGACAGAAAGGAGGAGCAGGUGUUCCGCAGCAAGGCGAAGGAGGAAGAAAGACCACCAAUUAGAGGUGCGGAACUGGAAUAUGAGUCCCUCAAGCGUCAAGAACUGGAAUCAGAAAACAAAAAACUGAAAAAUGAGCUGAACGAGCUACGCAAAGCCCUCAGUGAGAAAAGUGCCCCCGAAGUGACUGCACCAGGUGCCCCUGCCUACCGUGUCCUCAUGGAACAGCUGACCUCCGUGAGCGAGGAGCUCGAUGUUCGCAAGGAGGAAGUCCUCAUCUUGCGCUCUCAGCUGGUGAGCCAGAAAGAAGCCAUCCAACCCAAAGAUGACAAGAACACCAUGACAGAUUCCACAAUACUUUUGGAAGAUGUACAGAAAAUGAAAGACAAAGGUGAAAUAGCACAAGCAUAUAUUGGUUUGAAAGAAACCAACAGAUCAUCUGCUCUGGAUUACCAGGAGUUGAAUGAGGAUGGAGAGCUCUGGCUGGUUUAUGAAGGGUUAAAACAAGCCAACAGGCUCUUGGAAUCCCAGCUGCAGUCACAGAAGAGGAGCCAUGAGAAUGAGGCCGAGGCCCUCCGUGGGGAGAUCCAGAGCCUGAAGGAAGAGAACAACCGGCAACAGCAGCUGCUGGCCCAGAACCUGCAGCUGCCCCCCGAGGCCCGCAUUGAGGCCAGCCUGCAGCAUGAGAUCACACGGCUGACCAACGAAAACCUGUAUUUUGAGGAAUUAUAUGCAGAUGACCCUAAGAAGUAUCAAUCCUAUCGGAUUUCACUUUACAAAAGGAUGAUUGAUCUGAUGGAACAGCUUGAGAAGCAGGAUAAAACUGUCCGGAAACUGAAAAAACAACUGAAAGUCUUCGCCAAAAAAAUUGGUGAACUAGAAGUGGGUCAGAUGGAGAACAUAUCUCCAGGACAGAUCAUUGAUGAGCCUAUCCGGCCAGUCAAUAUUCCCCGGAAAGAAAAGGAUUUCCAAGGAAUGCUGGAGUACAAACGGGAGGAUGAGCAGAAGCUUGUUAAGAACCUAAUUCUAGAAUUGAAGCCACGUGGUGUGGCUGUCAAUUUGAUUCCAGGGUUACCAGCAUAUAUCUUAUUUAUGUGUGUGCGACAUGCUGACUACCUGAAUGAUGACCAGAAAGUAAGGUCAUUGCUGACGUCAACAAUUAACAGCAUCAAAAAGGUCUUGAAGAAAAGAGGUGACGAUUUUGAAACUGUCUCCUUCUGGCUUUCUAACACAUGCCGAUUUUUGCACUGUUUGAAGCAAUAUAGUGGAGAAGAGGGCUUCAUGAAGCACAACACGUCUCGCCAGAAUGAACACUGCCUCACCAACUUUGACCUUGCUGAAUACCGGCAAGUGCUGAGCGACUUGGCCAUUCAGAUCUACCAGCAGCUUGUGAGGGUGUUAGAGAACAUCCUUCAGCCAAUGAUAGUCUCAGGCAUGCUGGAGCAUGAAACAAUCCAGGGUGUGUCCGGGGUCAAGCCCACAGGGCUCAGAAAGCGCACCUCCAGCAUCGCAGACGAGGGCACCUACACGCUGGACUCCAUCCUGCGGCAGCUCAACGCCUUCCAUUCAGUCAUGUGUCAGCAUGGCAUGGACCCAGAGCUAAUCAAGCAAGUGGUCAAGCAGAUGUUCUACAUCGUGGGUGCCAUCACCCUAAACAACCUCCUCCUGCGCAAGGACAUGUGCUCUUGGAGCAAAGGCAUGCAGAUCAGGUACAAUGUCAGUCAAUUGGAAGAAUGGCUACGUGACAAGAAUCUAAUGAACAGCGGGGCCAAAGAGACUCUGGAACCUCUCAUUCAGGCUGCUCAACUUUUGCAAGUGAAAAAGAAAACUGAUGAUGAUGCCGAAGCCAUCUGCUCCAUGUGCAAUGCCCUGACUACUGCCCAGAUCGUCAAGGUAUUGAAUCUCUACACACCGGUUAAUGAGUUUGAAGAAAGGGUCUCUGUUGCAUUUAUCCGCACUAUACAGUUGCGGUUACGAGACAGGAAAGACUCUCCGCAGCUGCUCAUGGAUGCUAAACACAUCUUUCCUGUCACUUUCCCUUUUAACCCAUCCUCCCUGGCUUUAGAAACCAUCCAGAUCCCAGCCAGCCUGGGCCUGGGCUUCAUUGCCCGGGUCUGAAGUGUUGUCCAGGCAAACAGAGCAUAGGAACAGUUGUUUCCGGUGAGCUGGUGAAAAUGCAUUUCUAAAGAAAGAGCACUGAUCAUCUCUAAGGGAAGACGUUAUUAACUGGAACCCCCCCCCCUCAGGACCCUUUCACUUGGGAAGAGACGCCGUGUCCUGUGUCACCUUUAAAGCACCGUUCUUCUUCAUCAGUUGAGUUUACAUACAGCUAAAUGAUGGCAGGGAGGAAUGAACGGAGGGAAACUGUGUCUUCAUCUGACAGCAGUGAUUUUAAAUCUUUAGUGCUGCAUUAAGUGACAUACAAAAGUACAGCUCCAUAUGUAUGAACUGUUGUUAGCAAGGCACAGAGAAAGAACCGAAAGACAAAUCACCACACAUAUCAUAUCAGCUUAGGAGCCAAUCAUGUUGAUAUUGUCAAACUGGAUCAAAAAAUAAACUGGCAAUAUGUAAAGUAAUUGCCCAAGUAACGUCCUUCUGUGUGUCGUCAUGGUACAACAACUGUAAAGAUGCCGGUUUGCUGGGUAGUGUAGUUGAUCUUUUGUACUGUAGCUUACCAAGCAUCUUCAAUGACUGCUGCGUGCUGUCUCCUGACCUAAGUGAUGCUCUUAUUAGGCACUACCCAAUGAGCUUCUCUUUCAUCACUCUGUUUACAACUCAGCCAGAUCAGUUUUAACUGGAGUAUAUGCAAUUAUCCACAGGUUCAUCUGCACAAGGAGCAGGCACUGGAGUCGUAUAGUAGGACAGGUUGCUUGAUGUUUAGAGUUAGAGUGGCUGUUGAUGUCAUUGCUGAUCAGGAUGUGUUACAUUGAUAUGCUAAUUAAUUUUACCUGUGUGGAUAUCACAUCAUGGUAUAGUGUUCUGUAAAAUUACUUAUUUUUAGUUCCCAAAUCUGAUUCUUGCCAUGCAUAUAUUCAACCUUAACAGGUUCUAUUUUUAAUUUAUUAAGUGUUAGCCUCAGUCACUAUCUAGAAAGGACUGUCAGAAUAUUUAUGAUUCAGAUCUUGAAACUUUGAUUAUCCUAUAAGUUAUUCAAAAAAGACAUAAUAAAUCGUUAUAAUUCAGGGGGUUCAGGUGUUGCAACCUCUAUAAAUGUUCUCAGAUAUCACUGGAUACUUUAAAAACAUUAUAUUAUAAAUACAUUAAGAAGAUUUAUGUAAGAAGUAUAAGAAGAUUAUUACAUUUUAUAGAGGAUUUGGUUUAAGUAAGACCUAGAUUCUGUAAAUUUUCAUUAUUAAAUUCUAAUUAAGCAUAUUCUCCAUUUUUUUCCUGGAAAUCUUAUAUAAUAAAUCCUUUGGGUUAUGCAAGAACAAAUUCUUAGCUUUUAUUCCUCUGGUUCUUAAUUACAAUCAUCAGUUUAUAUAGUUUAACUGUAAGAUGGUCUAUAACAGUGACAUUUAAAUAUGUGCAAUAUUAUUGAUGAGAGCUAAACAGUUUCAAGUCAAUGAUAAAUACUGUUAUUAAACAGCGAUUAUUGUCCAUUAUCUUACUGGAGCCUGAAUGUCCUUGUUUAUAAAGUAAGAGGGUGGGACAACUGGUUGUUCCAGCCACUUCCCCAUUUACAGUGCCCUAUGCUUGGUUCCUAGAGGAAGGGACCAGAGUUACUCAGUCCAUCCUGUUGGAAAGACCAGUGUUUGUGCCUGUCAGUUCCCUAGGGUUAAUACAGUAAUCACAAGUUUAUGUAGCCACAAUGUUUUCUUAACAUACAUCAUUUAGAUACUUUAGAAAAAUCCUAAUAUAUUUGUGUUCUUUGAAAGUUACUUAGUUGAGGUAUUUUUUGUUACAUGAUGAACUGCUUUUUUGUUUGGAGAUUUUGUUUUUUGUAGUGCUAGGAAUUGAACCCAGGGCCUCGUGUAUGUUAAAUAAGUACUAUCACUGAGCUACAGUCUCCACCCUUUAUCAGUUCUACUACAUUUAUUUAUUUGCAGAACCUAAAACACUAAUUCAGCCAGAUUCAGUUUUCACGGGUUUUCCGCCUGGUUUCAGUCACUGCAUUAGUGCCGUGUGUCACACAGCAGAGAACGUGCGGGUGGGAAGUUGCUGAGCGAGCACAGCCGUGUGUAGGCUGUCUUCCCUCCACCCCAGCAGUCCUCCACUCCCCGCUCCCAGCUUAAUCCUGUGUAGACGGCUGAUGUACACCGAGUUUUGUCUCAAGACCACGCUGUCAUAGCCACUGUCCCUGCGGCCCCUUUUCCUUACUCCAGACAUUGUGUCCUACAGCUUCUGGCACUUUCCCUCACGGAUUUUUCUCUGCUGUCAAGAACCAGCGCUCCUCUCGGUGGCUGUCCCCUCUGCAGUUUCUCCUGUUCAGUGGCAGUGAGUGGCUCAGAGUUCCUCUGAUUCCAAGCUAAACGAAACUCAAAACCUGCUAACUGACUGUGUGUACUUUGUCGAGGAGGCACCAGGUUUCCGCUGGCUAGGUGGGAUCCCCUCCACUCUGUCAUCAGUAUCCCCAGCUUCAGACACACACUCAGCUUCCCCCUGCCUGGCCCACUUUCCCACCUCUUCCCUCAGCCUAAUUUACUGUGGCCCUGGUUGGCAUGCAUGGGGCUCACCGUUUGGUGUCUGCACACACCUUUCUGUUCUCAUUUUUGUCCUAAGGACAUCAUUCUCACAAAUUAGCCUUUCCAUAAUUCAGCAAGUGACACACUUGGCCUCCCAAGAAGGAGCUCUCGGCAGGCACGACAGCCCAGCACCUCUUCCUCUAGCAGCCCUGCCGGUAGCCACCCACUUUCCCUGCUGUGCGCGCAGCUCACACCCUUGGAAUCCAAGGUGAGAAGAAGCAGUUUGCCCCUCCCUCCCUGCAGCUUUUCUUAGCCCAAGGCUGAGUCUGCCUUAGAGUAACUCCAAAGCGGGAAAGACGAGCAUGAAACAGAACGCACCAAGGACAGCUUGGUGGUCCUCUGGAAGCUUUGAGCGUUCCACAUGACCUGGCACUGCUUUGAACGCAGACGACAGAACUAGAACCCAAAGCCCAGUGGUAGGACAUUUAGAUUGGGGCCACUUUAGAUGACCUGCUUCGUUACUGAUCCAUUUCCGUAGCUAAAGAAAGACUCCUUAUGGGCGAGCAAGUGUGUGUGAUACACACCCUUUACUAGUGUAUACAGGAGGCUGUGGACAUCCUUUGAGUCUCGGUGUCUUGAUUAUUAUGAGAAAUUACUUUUCUGACAGUUCUAGAAAAAGAGGAGCUACUACCAUUCUGAGAAGCCCACAAGGAGUUCACACGCACGCACGCACGCACGCACGCACGCAGUUGAGAGUUCUUCAGGAGGCAUAAUCCAGGGUCCUCUGGGUAAGACCAGCCUCUUAGGAUAGAGAGCAAAGGCCCGUGUGUGACCCUGCACGGUCCUGUUGAAAGUCGCACAGAAAUAGGACCACAUGCAUGUGCUUCACACCAGCACUCCCCUUUGUUACCUCACUUCCUCACAGCGUCACAGGAGGUGGCUCCCACAAUCAAUGUGAAGGUAAUUAAUUCACAGGGACAGUGAGAUGGUCAGUGACUUGCCUAGGGUGGCCCUGCCCUCUGGCAGGAAGGGCAGGGGCUGUCCUGUCCCUCCAGAUGCUGCGGAGUGACCUGGGCUAGUAAGGGUGCUCUUCAUCUUGACUGGGGUGUGGAAUAGACAGUGAGCACCCACUUCUCGGGAAGCCGGGGCACAGUACAUAUGGCACCGGCUGUGACUCGACUUGCCUUUUGUCACGAAUCAGUGCUCCUUGACAGGGUAUGGACUCCCAAAUUAGAGGUUGUCCGAACUAAAAGGGCGGGAAGCAGUGAAAACCUCAGAUGUGAAGAGGCAAGGCAGGCCACUCUCCACACCCCUGAGGUUUCCCUGAGAGAGCCCCUGGCUGAGCUGCCGCUGCUGCAUAGAGGAGCCCAGGACAUUAAGUUCCUCCCUCCCUGGGGCUGUCCACCCUAGGUGGGUGGUGUAAGCUUGGAAGCCACAGCAUGCUGCAGGGGAGGAGCUGGGAGCCAUGCUGGGGGCGUGCAUGCUUGAGCCACAGGCACUUCAUGCUCGUGAGUUGUAGUUUGUUCAGACUGUGCUGUGAGGGCCGCCUUAACCCUUGCCCCCUCCCUUUUAGAGCUGCCUUAAGUCCCCAGAACUUGUCCUCAGUGAGGGAUAUCUCGCCAUGUUUCUUGAGGUUUUGUGAGGGUUUGGAUGGGAUGCGGCCUCCUACCACUGAUUCCUCCCUCCCCUUCCUGCGUCUCCCUGCCCCCUCUGUACUGUCCCUGCCACGCAGAGACUAGAGUUUAUGAAGCAACCAAUGAAAUGUUAGCUUUAAGAGUGUUUCUGGGGUCGGCUAAGCCCCUGUGACAGUAAGCAAAUGCGCAUGCGCACGCGCCUAAGCAGGACAGAGGUCAGAGUAUUCGCGGGAUUCUCGCUUUUCACUAACCCUUGUUAAUAAAGGCAAAAAUACAACUCUAAGAACUUUUUAUGGACACCCUUUUAAAAUGCAAAGGUGCCCUACUGUGAAAGGCUGAGGAAACGCAGGGGAAGUAGCUGUGUAAGUUCUGAUCCAUUCGAGGACCUAAAGUAACUGUAAGUUCUGGUCGGUUUCUCAUAGAUCAAAAACUGAAAGAUGCCAUGUCAGACAUCUCCCAAAUGCAUUUGAUACGUUUUUUUAUUUUAUAAUCUGGUCUAGCUAAAAAUGUUCAUUAGCUUAACGUCAUGGGUAGAACUAGACUCAUAACAUAUCUGAAAACAACUAACAUUUUCUUGGCAUUGUGAUAUUGCUUGGAAUAGUUGGGAAAGUUUUGGGUUUGUUUGUGAAGGUUGAAAUUGUCAUAUAUAAUUCAAUGCUUAGAAAGCUAAUGCAUUCCCAUGCCUUUUCCAGAGUUAGUAGUUUCAAAUAACUUACUGUUAUUAUGUGUUAUAAAAUCUUAGCCUAAAUCACGCAAGCCAUUAUUUUUCCUGAAAAUAGUGAUUUCUCCUUUAAAUCUGGAUAAGUGUUGUGAUUUAUGAUCCCUAAUUAUGUUCUUUUGUGGGUUCCUGAAGUAAAAUCGAUUUUCUUGUGUUCUUUGAAAGUUUCAAUUGUUCCAACAGUGUUGCACAGAUGCACCCAUGGAUUUAAUGUACUGUGUUUUUCUUUUAACUGUUGAUAACUUAUUGUGAAACGGACCUGCCUUUCAAUACAGUGAAAUACAGGGACACUGCAGUUUUCAAAUCUUUUUCUUCCUUGGAUCUGGAGAAAGAAUUUUCUUGAUCUACACAGUUAAUCUCUGCAAAGUGGUUAGGUGAGGAAGCAGAAAUAUUGCAAGGUGAGGGGCAUUAUUACCAAGCCUCUUCAGGUCUGAACUGAGCCCAUUCCAGAGUGUCUCACGGGAAGUCUUCUAGAAGGUUAACAAUUCACCUCAUAUCAACAAAGCCUUGGAAACAUGAGUUUUUCACUGGAUAUCACCUAAUGCUAAAAGGAAAGCCAAAACAAUAUCAGAAUGACGUUUUAUGCUCUGAAUUUGUAGCUGUCUAACGUUGUACUUAGUGUGUAUCUGUCAUAGCACUGUAUUCUCCUAGCUACUGUAGAAAAUUGUUGAAAUAAAGAUAAGGAUAUAAAGAAA